CUAUUUUCCGUGCGUGAGAGCGGUAAAUUCCAAGGAUUUGCUCGUGUUUAUGCACCUUCUGAUCCUCGGCUUAAAGUAAACUGGGUUCUUCCUCAGAGGAUGAGUGCAGAGCUCUUAAGUAGCCCUUUUAGACUGGAUUGGAUCACCAAGUACGAUCAAUUUCUCGAAAUUGAAUAUAAAUCUGGAGAGGCGCUUUGCAGACUCUUCCCCCACGAUGCGUCAUGUGAUGUGUCUACCGCAAUAUCCCGCAUCAGACUCUCAGAUGAUAACAAGGAGCGAAGAGGCGAUCGCAGACCUAUCUCCUCCCGCCUAAAUACCACUGAAGGAUGCAGUAGACGCGUUGCUGGAGUGCCUCGAUUGAUCGGAAUACAGUCGUCUGGAGGUGCCGGUUUGCUUGGUCCGGCUGGAGCUUCAAAUAUAAAAGGUAUACCAAAUGGUCGCAGAGGAGUCAUCGGUUCUGGACCCUUCGGCCAAUUAGGCAGCAUCGGUCUUACACCACAACCUCUUAUGCAAGUUAACGCCGCAGCUGCCGCUAUGGCUGCCGCUUCGGCCCUUGCGGCGAUGUCGAGUAACCAGUCUUCUCUUGCUACUGCAAUUGCUCGGAACAACUCUGGUUUUGGGAAUAGAGCCUUUGUCGGAAUGGCGGGCCUUCGUCCUCACAUCCCUCCGCUUAUCCCCACUUUGCCAUCUGUUCCGAAAACCUGUUCAAGCGCCGCUCUGCUUAAUACACCAGGUCUUCUCACUGCCGGUCUGGGGGCCCACGGAAUACCCAACUUGAUGCAGGCUUCACAUCUUCAGACAGCGAAUUCGGCAGCGGCGUUUGCCAGAGCUCUCCAACAUAUGGGAAACGUGAAUCAUUCCGCCUUGCUGCGCGGUAUUGGGAACCAUGGUGCCUCCGGUUCUCUCAUCUCCAGUGGUGCUCUCCAUAGCGGUGCUGAUAAUUCCGCAAGUGGAAUGUGUAACUCUCCUCCUUCUAGACAGGUUAUGGAGCUGACCACAAACUUCCGUCGUCGUCGGUCUGUUGAUUCCGAUGGCAGCUACGAUGGGGCCGACCGUGCGUUAUCGCGACGAAUCAAAGACGAUGAUUAUUUCGCGGGCGACUCUAAUAAUUCCCGGUCAUACGACGCUCUUCGAAGAGUGUCUCCACAAGUUACGAGGCGUCGGGAACUUGGAGAGCGCAUGGAAAGGUCACCAGAUCGUAGGUUAAAGCUUAACAUUUUAAUAUUCACUUCAGGUCGCUACGAUCGUAGCCGCUCUAGGUCCAUUCCUGUUGAUCCGGAUGCUCUCAUUACAUGGGAUACUGCUCAGAUUCGUGCUGGUGUCGGGCGCCUGGAUGACGAAUCUGAUAUGAUGGUUAGUUCACCU